AUGACCGAGCUACUACAGACCCACCGACGAGGAGUCACUUUGACGAUCUUCACAAUCCAAAUGAUUCCGCCAACCUGCUCUUCAGCAUAUAAAAAUGUGCCAAAGACCCAUGUUCAUCAAACAGUUUCUCUGAAGCCAUCAAUUACUGCCAAUAUGGAGUAUCAGGCACCGCAACAAAUCGAUCACAUUCUUGACAGCAUUCACUCAUUAGAUGAUCUUUCUGCUGAUGAUGUUGUUGAGCUAGUCGGUAACAAUAUUCGUGGCGUGGAAUAUAAUGCUCAGAAUGCAUAUAUUACCUUGAAAGGGGGUCCAAGAUGGAUGCAUGAAGCUGCAAGACCUUUAGAAGAUAGAAUGAGUGCCGCUACUGGCUCGUUCUACUUCUUAACUGGCAGCGUAGAUUGUUCAUUGGUUGAAAAAUUUAGUGGCUCCACAAAACAAGCAGAUGCGUCUUUCAUGAAGUCUGGAUCUAAAUGGCCAGUUGUUAUUCUAGAGGUUGGCAUUAGUGAGCCUACAAACAAGCUCUUUGAAAAUGCCCGGCGAUGGCUAGAAGGGAGUGAUAGCAAAAUCAAACUUGUUAUCCUUGUUGAUGUCCAGGAGACAGAGAAACGGAAUACUUUACAUGAUAAAUGGGAUCUAUCUGAGACCGACUUUCAGGAAACUAGUCAUGACAGGCUCUCUGAUAAGAUACUCCAGUGGUACCGAUCUAAGGAAAUUCGGCUUGUUGGCAGCUUUAAGCUAUCAGUACAUUUAUGGUACAGUGAUGGCUACAGACAAUGUAUCUUGGACAAGGGUAUGUUUUCACCAGAUAACAUGAUCGACCUCACAACUAUCGAAGAUAUUCCUUUGAGAUUGAAGCAUCUUAUGCGUUUAGUCCAUACACUGCAAAAUGGCUUUGAAAAUGUUGAAAUUAGCAGAGCCAGUGACUUGGCAAAGUACAAGCAGAAAAAAUACCUUUCACAUUGA